AUGAGAGUUUUUACUGUAAAUAUAUUCCUUCUUGGAAUUGGAAUUUGGGACUUGAUUCGAAUGAUUUGUGAAAUUUAUCUUGUUUGGCCAACGAUUUCCGCAAUGUAUAUACGAAAUUCAGAUAUUCCUGGUGAAUGCCUAGGACCAGAUUAUUAUCUGACUUUGGUUGCUUUUUUAUUUUGUGUCCCUACGAGAACAAUGGCUGUGCAAAUGUCUGUAUGGUAUGGUGUUACUAUAGCCUUGUUGAGAGCAUUGGUUAUGAGAAAUCCGAUGAAUUUGAGAAUUUCCUCCCUAGCAGAAUCCAAAAAUGGAAUUCGAGUAUUGCUUAUCAUAACGUUUCUAUAUUCUCCAUUUUGGAUAAUUGGAUAUUUCCAAAAUUACAUUGAUGAAUUUGAGGUGUGGAUUCCACCACCCUACUGCUCAAAUCUUGUAGAAAACUACACCAGAAUGGAAUAUAUUAUCAAAGAUAUCAAAAUAUUUGGACUGAAAGAAGAAGACAUUUAUCAGAAAUCGUUGGUAGCUCGAGGAAUUCUAUGCGAACUAAUUCCAUGUAUUCUACUUCCAAUUUUCACAUUUUUAUUGAUUUUUGAACUACAAAAAGCGAGGAAAUCGGCCAUGGGAAAUUCUACAAUUGAUCGAGAUCGAUCCACAAAAUUGGUUAUUGGGAUUACUGUAACAUUUCUAAUUUCUUAUGGACCAUUAGCAAUAUGCCACCUUGUCGAAUUUUAUUUUUUUGAGCACGAUAAAUUAGUAUUCGUCACCAGAAGACUAUCCCUAUUCUUCAAAUUGCUCACAAUUUUAAAUGGAAUUUUUCAUUUUCUGUUUUGCUUUUUUAUGUCAUAUGCUUAUCGAAAAACUGCGAAAGAAUUAUUACGUAUUAAAGAAAAAACCCAAAUUAAUUUAGUGAACGUUUCGUCGAUUAAUAAAUGA